AUGAAAUUUACAAAUAUAUCCAUUGGACUAAUUUCUUUGAUCCUGAUUGUAACAGCAGAAGGAGAUAAAAAUCAAGGUUUAAAAUUGAAAUUUAAUGUUAGAAGAGGUUCAUCAAAAGAUGAUUUAUCACCAAUUGAUAAUGAUGCACCAAGAUUUGUUAAAAGAGAUGGAUCAUUUGAAUUAGAAUUAAGUAAUGAACAAACAUUUUAUAUGGCUGAUCUUGAGAUCGGAUCGAAUGGAGAUAAGAAUCAAGUAUUGGUUGAUACAGGAUCUUCAGAUUUAUGGGUAAUGUCUCAUGAUUUAAAUUGUGUUGCAAAUACAAAUAGAAAAAGAGAAGCUGAUCCAAAAAAUGUAUUUAAUUUUGGUACUGGAGUUAAACUUCCUUCAAAAGCAAUAAAUCCAACAAAAUCUAAAAAAGUUAAAAGAGAUGAUAAUUCAAUAUAUUCAACAAUUUAUAUAACUGAAGGACCAGAUUCAUCAGAUUUACCAGGUGGUGGAAGUGGAGGAAAUUCAUUUGGUUCAACUACAAGAGGAUCAGGUGGUGGUUCAAAUACUUGUACAUCAUAUGGUUCUUUUAAUACAGAAAAUUCAGAUACUUUUGUUAAAAAUAAUACUAAUUCAUUUGAAAUUAAUUAUGCUGAUGGUACUCAUGCUAUAGGUAUUUGGGGACAUGAUAAUGUUAAAAUGGGAAAUGUUACUGUUACUGAUUUAAGUUUUGCUGUAGCUAAUGAAACGUCAAGUGAUAUAGGAGUAUUAGGUAUUGGAUUACCUGGUUUAGAAGUUACAACUCAAUAUGGUUAUAUGUAUGAAAAUUUACCAAUUAAACUAAAAUCAGAUGGUAUUAUAAAAAGAGAAAUUUUUUCAUUAUAUUUAGAUGAAGCUAAUGCUAAAACUGGUAAUGUUUUAUUUGGAGCUAUUGAUCAUGCAAAAUAUGAAGGUUCAUUAUAUACUUUACCAAUGUUAAAAACUUAUCAACAAAUUGAUAUUCCUGUUAGAUUUGAAGUUGAAAUUAAUUCAAUGCGAUUAAAUAAUAAUAGAGGUGAUACAGUAACUGUAUCAAGUUCAAGUACUGGAGUAGUAUUAGAUUCAGGUUCAACUUUAUCAUAUUUAAGAUCAGAUCAAAUUCAAUCUGUUGCUCAAGCAUUAAAUGGUAGAUAUUAUAGUUCAGCUGGUGCAUAUUUAGUUGAUUGUCAAUAUUUAAAUUCUCAAUCAACUUUAGAUAUAGCGUUUGGUAAUAAAACUAUUAGAGUUCCAGUUUCAGAUUUAGUUGUUCAAGCAUCAAGAAAUCAAUGCUUUUUAGGAUUAUUUGAACAAUCAACAUCAUCGAAUUAUCUUUUAUUUGGUGAUAAUAUUUUAAGAAGUGCUUAUAUUGUUUAUGAUUUAGAAGAAUAUGAAGUUCAUAUUGCUCAAGUUUAUUAUACUGAUGAUGAAGAUAUAGAAGUUAUAACUGAUGAUGUUACAUUAGGUGGAGGACAAAAUUCAACAAGAGUUGGUGGUGGUUCUUCAUCAUCAAGUGGUUCUUCUUCUUCAUCAUCUGGUGGUAGAACUAAUAGUGGAUCAUCAUUAAAAGCUUCAUUGGUCAUUGUUUUCGCUGCAUUAAUGUUUUCAAUAAAUCUCAUUUUAUAG